AUGAUUAGCUAUCCAGAAGCAUUGAAAUGUUUCGAAUAAGCUAUUGAAAAAAAUCCAGAAGAUUAUGAGUACUUUAUUGAUAAAAGUUUUUCUUAAAACUUAUGAAUUAGCUGACACUUUAAGAUCCAUGAAUAAGGCUAAGGAAGCUCUGGAUUCUUAUAAUCAAGCUAUUCAAAGAUUUCCUAAAGAUGAAAGAAUUUACGGAGCAAAAGGUAAACUAACCUAAUACUCUUUUAUAGCAUAGGCAUUAUGUCUUCAGAAAAUUAUGAUGAAGCUCUGAAAUACUUUGAUAAAGCAAUUUAAAUGAAUCCACAAAAUCCAAGUUUUUAUGCAGGAAAAGGUUGACACUAAUUAAUACCGAAAUAGGUGACACUCUAAGAGAUAUGAAUCGUUAUUAGGAUUCUUUAAAAUAAGUUGAUCAAGCAAUUCACUACAAUCCUGAAAAUUCAUUUUAUUAUGGAGCCAAAGGUAAAACCUAGUUUUAUAAUCCAAGCGAAUGCAUUGAUGUGUAGCAAUUAUUAUGAUGAAUUGUACGACACCUCAAUCAAUUUGAGGAAGUGCUAAAAUAUGCCGACUUUGCUAUAAAUUGGAAUCCAAAUAUAGCUGAUAAUUAUGAGCUAAAAUGUAAAUCACUAUUUGACAAUUACUAGCAAAUAUUUUAAAAUACUAGCUAAAGAUUAAUGAGGCUUUGAAAUUUUUUGAUGAGGUAUGCAGAAAAAGGUAUUUAUAUCUUAAUUAAUAUUAACUUCAGCUACACUUUAAACUAAAUUCCACUUGUAAAUUAAUAAUAAGAGCACUUAAUUGAAAUGAAUAGGCCUUGAAAUAUUGCUCUAUUGCUCUUAAUAAAGGAUCAUAUAACCACAAUUAUAUCUUAAUAAAAUGGUAUAAAUGACUUUAUUCUCAUAGUGAUUACCUUAUUAUAGAUGUGUCGCUGGAGAGAAUC